AUGUCACAAAUUGCAACAGUUUCGGAACAAGACCAAAAAGGAUACUUCGCGUUCCCGCUACAUAUGCUCUAUUGUGUUAUUCACAGCGCAGACACAGGAGUGGUUCGUUCGAUGCAUCAUAUAGAGUUAAAUUUCAAAGACUGUGGAAGUGUCUCCUUAGAGCUCAUCCAGCGAUGCUCCGAGAGACUGACAAACUUUCACAACCCGGUCGACAUGGUGGUCUUCCCGCUUUUUGAGAAGUUGUACGAGGACUCUUGCUUCUACCCCUGA